UUCUUCAGCCCUCAUCAAAUCUAUUGCCUCUUCAACCUCACCCAAUAUCUACCUUUUACUAGUUACCACAAUGCGUUCUCCUACCUCCCUCAUUGCAUGCGUGCUCCUUGCAGGAGCCAGCUUCACCAGCACUGCAUGGGCAUAUCCUACCAUUGCAGAACGUCAAUCUGUGAACAGCACAGAGCCCAUCUUCCAAAUACUCGCAAGCCUUCCCCUCAAAGUCGGCAAAGACCCGGCCACUCCCUCCACAUGCCCGGCCUCAAACAACGGACCGCCAGCUGCACGCAACUACGCUGAGCAUACCUACACCACCAACCAGCUGAAGAAAGCUUUCUUGGAGGGUGCAAAAUUAGCCGCAGCUGGCAAGACAGUUGGUGCUAACAACUACCCUCAUAACUAUGGCCGAAACCCACCGAUGCCCUUCGACUGUGGUGCUUCGCAGAUGGAAUUUCCUAUCCAGCUAGAUGCACAGGUGUACGACGGUGGUGAUAUCGGAGGUGUCCCAGACCGUGUUUUGUUUGAGUACAGUGAAGGUAAAGAGUUCCUUGUGAAAUUCUGUGGAGUUAUGCGCCACGGCCCUCCGGGU